AUGGGGGCUGGUUUGUGGCUGUUGGACUUCCUGAACCAGAGGUCACAGCAGGUCACGGUGGGUCACAGCGGUUCACGACACUUAGUUAAGUUCUCUGAUGACACUGCCUUGAUCAGCCUGUUGCAUGAUGACGAGGAACAUCAUGGCCCGGUUCUAGAUGACUUUCUAGAGUGGUGUGAGGAAUCACACUUGGUCCUCAAUACCAACAAGACCAAAGAGAUGUGCAUAGACUUCAGGAAGCGAACAACACCUACCUCUGCAACAUCUAUCAGAGGCCACACUCCAGGCGUGCCUCACCGUCUGUUCCAGGGCACUGGCCGUGAUGGAUGGUUGUCAGGCCCCCACCACCAGACCCUCCCUGGGGUCACGCUGCUGAAGGUACUGCUCUUCUGGAGCCCAGCCACCAGCACUCUCAUUUCCAGGAAGCUCAGCUCUUAUCCCAUGCAUCCUAGACACUCUGAUCAAACAAUAACUCAGAUUAAAGACACUAAGCAUUUAAUGGUGUCUGCCUACAAAGACCACAGAGUGGAUGGAGCAAUCCGUAUCAUUAGUAUAAUCAGAAGAAGUGAUCUCCAGCCACUUCAUUGUUUUUUCUGUGAUGGACAUGGCUGCUUUCCUGCCUCAGUGGCACAGGUGGAGAUGCACAGUGACCAUUUUGGAUUCCCCUUUGUGACCACAGAUGUGCUGUGCCAGAGUCCAUCUAUGUAUAAUGUGACACAUGUCACUAUAUCAAUACAUUCAGAUAUCAAAGCUAACCAAAACCAGCACUUCCUGUCCAUACAAAACAAAGAACUGAGAGAGGCAAAGAUAUUUCCAUACAACUUUACAGUGUGCAUCUCCAACCUUUUCGGGGGCUACAACAAUGUCCUGCAGUUUGUCCAAACUAUGGAGAUGUACAAACUCCUUGGGGUGCAGAGAGUGGUUAUCUAUAACACCAGCUGUGGUCAGGACUUGGAACCAGUGUUAGUUCACUACAGGGAAGAGGGUAUACUGGAAAUAGUAGAAUGGCCGAUUGAUCAGUUCCUCAACCCAUCCAAAGGCUGGAGGUUUGAGCAGCACAAAGGAGAUCUCCACUACUAUGGGCAGCUGACCACUCUGAAUGAAUGCAUCUAUAGAUACAUGUACCAGUCAAAGUACGUACUUCUUCAUGACAUUGAUGAGAUCGUGAUGCCUUACCAACAUGCCAAUUUGCAUCUACUGCUGGAGAACCUUCAAUACCAGCACCCCAGAGUAGGAGUCUUUGUCAUCGAGAAUCACAUAUUCCCUAAAAACCAUUACGAAGACAGUGGCAAGUUUAAACUGCCACAAUGGAGGGAAAUUCCAGGGAUCAAUAUCCUGGAGCAUAUUUACAGAGAACCCUCGAGAGAAGCUGUUAUCAACCCUACCAAACUGAUUGUCAACCCUAGACAUGUAGUACAGACAUCUGUUCACUCUGUGCUGAAGACUUUAGGGGAGACCUUCUGGGUACCACCUGAUGUGUGUCGGCUAGUACACGUCAGAGUUCCCCUGCAAGGGAGCCUCACUAAAGAUCAGCUGCUUGUGGACAAAAAGCUGUGGGAAUAUGAAAAGGAGCUAGUUCAAAAUGUUGACAACACUUUAAGGAAAUCUGGACUGUUGCUUUGA